UUCUUUUGUUAACAGCUAGAACCUGUAAUCAGAAAUGGCGGAGACAAAGGUCCUGGAUACUAUUCAAGCAAUAAGGUGAGUGCAGUGCAAUACUUUCUACUUCGAUCUUCGAUGCGCCUUGUUGCCUCGUGCAAAUAUGAAUAAUACCAUGGGUGGACAGUGAGUGAAGGGGCUGUUGGGCAACUUAUUAAUUUGUGACGUCGCAAUUCUGGGGGUUCCGGGGACAUGCUCCCCCAGAAAAAGAUAAUUUUAGGUCUCUGAACCGGCAUUUUCUGCAUUGUGGAGGCACUUCGAGAAUAAUGUAAAGGUUAUUUUAACAGUGUGAAUCGAAUGCGUUCAUCGGAAUUGAACAAAUCUAAAACUACACUCUGAAAACAUGGGGGAGGGGAGUGGGGGCAGCCACUGUUGUAGUCAUAAGUUUGCUCCUCGAAUACUUCGAGGAAACAGGAUUUUAUUUGGGUGUAAUAAAGUCAUAAUGAAAAAACUUCAAAGCAAUUAUGUAAUUGUUGAAAACCAAAAGAUUUUAAUAAAAAAGGCAAGGUGUCAAUAAAGGCGUUGUUUUAAAUAUGGGGUCACCAUUUCAAAGCAUUUCUAUUUAACAUGUCUCAAUGAAGGAUAUAAAUACGAGGAAUUUAAAAUUGAAAACUGGCGAGUAGAACAAAAUAAAAACUUCGAAAAAUAUUUCACUACACAUUAAAACAGAUGUCCCAUCUCAAUAAUGAGAUACCAUCGAUACCAUAUAGGACAUUGACGCUGACGCUCCAUUGCCUGAUGAAUUUGGAGGAAUAAUGCAAGCAACUCGCGAAAUUGUUGAUAUGAUUGACAAGAUGGAUGGACUUACUCCUUCUUCAGCAGCAAGAUCAUGUCGAGAUAUAAAACUGCAGGAUCACGAUGCUUCUGACGGUAUGUAUACUAGACAGGCUAAGAUUGACGUUUACAGGAGACCGCUAACAGCAAACGGCAAACUUCUAGUUAGGGCAAUUUGUGCACUAAAAUUGAAGCAUAAAUUAGCUAAAAACAUGUCGAAACCUUCGAAAAUCUGCAAAACUUACCUUCAAAUGCGAUUUGAAGCUUGCUGUUGGCUGUCUGCCGUAAACUUCAAUCUUAACCUCUCUAAUUAUUUCUCACGUGUGACAUCAAUAUGCACAAGCAUGAGACAAGAUCUACAGUAGUGUACAAAGAGAGUGAGUGUACCUAGAGAAUGUACCUAGAGAUCCACUAAGAGCUGACCUUUUAUUGGUCCAGUGGUACUACAGGAGGAAAACUGAGGAAAUUGAAGUACUCAGGAGUGUUUGGCAGAGUCAAACUGGAACCACUCUUUUACGUGCGAUUAAAGCGAAACUAUCAUAAACAUGCAGUGGAUCAUCUGAAAACAUUCACAAAUAUUCACAGGCAUUUCGAGUUUGUUAGAUUGCUUCUCAAACAGACUUGGAUUUAAGACGAUAGUUGAGUAAAUUUAUGGGCGUUUAUUACCGUGUUAUAUCAUGACAACAAUACGGUGCUGGUUUCCUUUGUGUUUUUCUCAUGACGUAUUAAUGAGUUGAGAAGUAACCAUGCAUAUGACCAUAUCGUUGUUUCAGUACAUGUAAUCGUUGUCAUAUAAAGUCUCAUUAUAGUGAACAUAACCUUAAAGGAAUUCAUAUAACAUUAAAGGAAUUCAGUAAAUUAUGACAAACCAAUUAAACCACAGAUUAAACUAAAUUUAUGUAUUAUUAGAGAGGUUCAGAUCUGACUUCCACUAUUGCUACCACUAGAUCGUGCAUCUGUUUGGUUAAUCUGAUUGAUUAAACGCAUUUGAUUGGUUAAUGGUCCCUGAAUGGUAGCGGUAGCGGUAGCGGUAGUGGAAAUCAAAUCUGGACCUCUCUAAUAUGGGCGAUCGAACUUUCAUACUAUUUACUUGACUUGAGAAUUAAGAUCGGAAAUGACAAGUAAACGCAUAAGCUGUUCCAGCACUAUAUAACAGACAUAGUGUAACUCGUAUCAGAGACGACAAGGAGCAGGCACAGUCGUCGUUUUGCGAAAGCAAAACUCUUCUAGCAAAUUUAAUUGGUCUGUAUGUAUAUGUAGAUAUGUUAUGUCUGAAUAAAAUAUUUAGGCGUUUAUUGGAUUGAUCCUGACUGGGGUAGCCAUGGCAACGCUUUCCAAGCCAGGUGUAAAUUCACUUUGCAAGAAACGUGCAUUAAUUCUACGAAAUCUAACAAAGAUGAAAAGGUAUGUCAUGCUCUUUAUAUCAGUGGAGCACUACAGUCAUUGUGCAUGAUAACUUAAUUAAGAGUCGCUUGUGAUGUUACUCUGAGUGUAUAUCCACACCGGGCAGGCUUGAAAAAUAUGCCUGACCACGGUGGGAAUCGAACCUACGACCUUUGGAAUACUAGCCCAAAUUCCAAUGCUCUGCCAACUGAGCUACGCGGUCAGGUCGGUUCGACACAGAAAAUAUCUUAAUUAUUAAGAGUGUUUGAAUAAGUCGACAGGUGCAAGGCAACGUGACCGAAUGACUGACCACUUGUCAGUGACCGAGCAACUCAAUCGGUCCAUUAAUCGGUAACUUUUAUAGCUUGUGGUCAGGGCCGCCCAGAGGGGGGGGGCAAAGGGGGCAAAUUGCCCCGGGCCCCGAGUUGCUGGGGGCCCCUGAAAAAUUUUUGUACGGCCCCAGCCUUUUUUGUGUGUUAAAUAUUUCCGCGCAAAGGACAAGAUAUCUGUUUUCUUGGGCUAAGUACCGAAUUUUGGCAUAAAAAAAUGAGAUAAAGUCCCUCGAAAGCAUUUGCAACGUACUCGUCCGGCAAAAUUUUGUACUCCGGAAAAAAUUUUUACCCCUAAAAUGGUACACUGACCGAAAAUUUUUUGGCGACGGGGGCGGGGGGGGGGAGGUUGUUAUCCGGAAAAAAUUUUUCCGGGAAAAUUUUUUUAGAUAGGGGCCCCUAAAAAAAAAUUUGCUCCGGGCCCCCGCCAACCUCUGGGCGGCCCUGCUUGUGGUAUUUAAUUAUGUGCCAAGUUUAUAAAACUUUAGUGUACAAAACAUGGUUGAAACCGGACGGUAAUGUCCAUAUCGGUUGUUUAAUUUUAGUUCGUGUAUGCAGAUGAAAUUCAAGUGAAAUUCUUGCGAUUGUUAAGUGUCUCUGUAUAUCAACGAAUAACAUACCACUGCAAGAACUCGAUGGCGUUUGAUGGCAAACAGAAUUCUAUUAACUUGAUCGGAGAAAAUGAGAUUUUCAAUAUGAACAGUCGAAGUAAAUACAGACCCAUGAUCAUCCAAGAUGACUGCAAGGUAUGUCUUUAUGAUAGAUGUAUGGUAUGAUGAUGACUGCAAGGUAUGUCUUUUUUCCCUUUCGGUAACUUUCCGUAAAGGAUUUUAUCAGCUUUGCAUUAUGUCAGAAAUAAUUAAUGAGGAAAGAUGGUAGGUAUCCAGUCAAUACCAGGGCAGGUUUAAUUAGCCUUUCUCACGCCGUCAUUUUUGGACGUACGCCGAGUGAAUAAGGGAUUUGUAUAACUAUAAUUGUGAGUAUAAUCAUUAUAAGUUAAUUAACAGUUAAAUAUUUGAAAAAAUGUUUUCACAUCGCUUAGAUUUUUCACGUCGUUUUCAAAAAGUACCCCAAAAAUGGCGAAUUUGGCCUUCGUGAGAAAGGCUAAUUUACAGUGUUUGUUCAAGAUUGUUUUUCUGGUACAAGCUCAUAAAUUUCUGAGUGCCCUAACCUGUAACCUCCAAUAAUUAUGACAAGAUUUUCAUUCUGGUCUUUCUUUCAGAUAAGUGACGGUGUGUGGCAUAAGACGAUAUUCGAAGUGAGAACGCCACAGAAGGAACUGCUGCCGAUUAUCAAAGUAAAACCAUUUGACACGGGCUUAGAUAAAGAAUACAGGAUUGAAGCGGGAGGUGUAUGCUUUGUGUGGUAAAGAACGCAAUGCAAACACGGAGCCUGCUUAUCACUCAAACAACAUGAACAGGCAUAUCAGCAUGAAUAGGAAAAUACAUCUUAUUAUUAAAUAAAGAUAGCCAAUAAAACGUUAUGACUUAUGUACAUUUCUUUAUGUAGAACUAGCUUGUUUUCUGUGAUUAACACCAAUACUCCCAGGCUGUUUUAAAUUACUUUGCUUAAUUAAACUUUUGUAUACAUGCGCGAUGGGUGCAUUGGCUAAUAUUUUAUUAUCAAAGUUAUUAAAGAUAUAAUUUAAGAUCACUGAUCUAGAUUUUGAUUAUAGUGUGUUACUACAUCUGUAUAAAAGCUUGUCGUAAAUAUGAGUCGGGUUUCCGUGUCGAGUUUGUUUGUUUUUUCGAUAAUAUCAGGUCUUCAUGUUUCGCGCAUGAUUGCGCUAGUAGCCUGGUACAGUGGCAAAGGACCUUAGAUUCAAUGUCCAC